AUGACGCAAUCCUUAGGCAACAUGGCGCCCUUCAAGGUCCCGUCCAAUCUCCCGGAGCUCGUCAAGACGGCCUUCCACCGGGCGCGCGCCAGCGGCGACGUCACCUUCUACCCCACUCAAGUGACCAUCCUCAACGUCCACUCGGUGCCGUUCCAACUCCGCUUCUCCCCAGCCCUCGCGAACAAGCCCAAAGCCCCGCUUCCGCCGUCUCCCACGAUCGCGCCCGCCAACCCCGAGCAGAAUCAGCAGCCGGCAGACAAGAGAAAGCCCUACUUCGACCCCUUCGACAACCCCCCGGCGCCGAUGCUUAUACCCACCGGGAAGUUGUUUCCCGACAGCCACAUCCUGGUGCUGAACAAGUUCGCCGUGGUACCCGAGCACUUUAUCCUGGCGACCCGCGCCUUCAAGGAGCAGACACACCUGCUGGAAGAGGCUGAUCUAAGGAUUGCGUAUGCGUGUAUCGAAGCGUAUCAUGCAUACCACCAGCAGCAGCACCGCUCCUCGAACCCAGUCGCGGACAGCACACCCGACACAGAGGAGGAGGAGGAAGAUGGGGGCCUGUUUGUCUACUUUAACUCAGGCCCGCAUUCAGGCGCCAGCCAGCCGCACAGGCAUUUGCAAUUACUCCCCGUGGCUCAUAUGAAGCAGGGGUUGGAACCGGAGCAUAAGGGUGGGAAGAAGUGGGGGGUUCUGGCGGACGAGCUGGCGCGGGACGCAGAACUGCGUGAGGCACGCUUGCCGUUCCAGACCUUUGCCGAGCCAAUCCACCCCGGUACCGACCUGCGCGCGGUCUAUCUGCGGCUGUACCGCGAGGCAUGCGAGGCUGUGCUGGGCGCGUUUUCGCCGGUGAAAGAGGUCGAUGCCAUGCUUGGGGUUGACACGCUCUUGGAUGGUAGCCUUAAGGAUGGGGGCAAAGAUGGGGAAGAGACAACAGGGGUGGAGGCUAAGAUCAGCUACAACCUGGCCAUGACCAGGCAUGUCAUGGUCAUCAUGCCGCGGGUGGCCGAGGGGGAGACGGUGUUUUGCCCUUCCUCUUCCUCUGCGGGCGGAAUUGAUGGAUAUUGGGGUGUGGGUGGUACUAGGAAGCCGAUUGGCAAGCUGACGCUGAACGGCACUGUCCUGGCCGGCACGGCGCUUGUCAAGAGCCAGGCUGAGUGGGAUGCUUUGCGGGCUGAGCCGGAGCAGUUGUUGGAGAUUUUGGGAAGGAUUGGGGUGCCGACUGUCCAGGCUUCGUCGCCGCUGCCGAGGGAGGGGGUUCCUUUGUAA